AUGAAUGAGAGCAGUGUGCAAAGAUUGAGAGCUGAGAAUAACAACAACCCUAGAGACUCGUUGGGCUGGAUAUUUCGACAGAUACUCAUUUCUAGGUCGCAGAGAGACCAGACGUUGGAAGAGCAGUGGAAAUCUGUGCUUUCGAAGCACGAAAGACGAUGCCUCACCUAUGUUACCUCUGGAAAACUGAGGAAUGAAUUCCAGGCACUCCUAGUAAUUCCUGGCUUGUGGCAUCAGUCGCCGUUUGGUAACAUGCACAAAGUAGAGGCCAUGAAGUGCGUUGAGGUGGGUGCUGCCAAUCAAGCAGUAGUUGAUGUCCAGCUGACCUCGACUGCUAUUUUUACGAGUUUUGUCCGAGGACAAACGCAGCUGCUCAGAAAUAUCGACAGAUAUACCGUUGCAGCAUUAGAAGGCAAAUGCCCUGGCUUGUCCAAGCACGAACGGUGCCAGCUUGAGUCACUUUUGGAGACUGGGAGGCUGCUGCCUGGAGCCAGCUCUGAACAACGCCAACUCUUUUUUGAUGCAGUAUGCAGUUUCAAGAGACAGAUUCCUUCAUUAAGCACAUUCUUCAAUGAUAUGAGGUACUUGGGAGGGUGUGCGAGAUAUAUAAAGCACCUUGUGAAGGUUGAACGCGAUUCGACUGUGCGACAGUCCCUUCGUUAUAUUUUCCAAGGCGAUGAAAACUCAGCCUGUGUCAUACAGAGCACGGAUAAAAACUUCCACAAACUGCCGGUGUCGACAGUGGAGGAACAGUUUGAUAUCGCACAGAGACAACUCUGGCUCUGUGCGAUGAGGAAGAGCCUGGCGUCGCCGGUUGUGCCAAAGAGCCAGCAGGCACUCUUUGCCAAGAGUAAAAGGCCUAGCGAAGACCGUAUAACAUUGAAACAGCUUGCGUUGGUUGCUCAGAGCCUUGGCUUCCAUUCUUCCCAGAUUUACCAGCUUGCGAGUGGCGACCUUCCUACGGAAAUUGCUACAGAAACACUGGUCAGAAUACAGAAGCAACUCAACUACACGUAUGGAGGAGGCUCUCUUCAGCCUGGCUUGAAAGCAAUUGAAAUAGAAGGUAAUGGAGAUGAGAGCCAUGUCCAACAUGUCGCAGCAGCCAUACGCAAUCUGAUGAGCGACCGGCAUCCGUACGACGCAUCUAGCGGGUCAUGUUUGUCGAUUGAUGACUGUUUCCAGUCCGCCAUAAACAACAGUGGCAAGAUACUGAUGCGUAGGGUUGGUUGA